GACCUAGCAUAACACACACCAUUCUCGUAUCCAAAAAAUGAGCCUAAAUCAAUGUGUUAUAAACUUUUACUAAUUUAAUUAAUUAAUUUGAGCUAGUCAUAAUAUUUUGACUGAGCUUCCUAUUGUGUGUCUCUGUCUCCUUCAGACUUUAUAAGGUUUCACAUUUUCGCUCAAUAGUGUUCAACAAUGGACAAAGCUGAAUUUCAACGCCUUCUCCAACUCUUCCCCGUUGUUCGUUCUCGCGAUUACUGUGCCGAACAAACAUCAUCUAGGCGGUUGUCCGGACAAGCUUCUGGAUGUGCAAAGGAUGAGCAUAGGGAAUGGCAAGAUGCAUGGGAUGAAAGGGAUAUAAAUUUCGAGAACCGAGGAAAUGACCCACAUUCAUUUUGGAGCAAGCUGAAGUCGGAGGCUGCCAAGAAGGUUGGUCCAGAAGAGGCCGAGAGAUUUUGCAAGGCUUUCCAACAAGUUCAUGAGAAACUGGAAUGGAGGUCACUUUAUUGGCAUUCCGAAAUGCCACGCCUAUGUACCGUUGAGAUAUUAUUAAAAUGUGAAUGGACCUGAUCGAGUGGGUGGAAGCAUAGGUGCACCAUAGAAAAAUGUAGUCUUGUGUGGAUGUGAACUGGUUACUCGAGUAUCCAAAAAGGAGGAACCUUAAUUUACCUGAAAAAAAAGGUGCAACUUCUUAAGGAGACAUGGAGGAGACGUGGCUAUUGUUGUUGAGCUGAGCUUUUUUUUUUGGACAAAAUUUUUUUUUUUCAUAGAAUUUGAACUU